GCUUCCAGAAGAUUGUAACAUAAAUAUUUCUCUCUAUUGAAAUGCAUCUGAUAUUAGAUUAGUUGCUUUAUUAAUCUCAUGUUUCUAAGAAUUAAUCUUAUAUUGCCGGAUAUGUUGGCAGGGGGUAUGCUUGUGGAAAGGUGAAUUUCCUGGGAAGAAUUCAGCAGGGAACAACUUCUGAUUUUGGCCUCUGACUGUGUACCAUGGAAAUAACAAUGGGCAGCCAGCUGGUUAUUGACUCGUAACUUCAGAAGCUUUGAGAAUAAUUGUAUUUUUCCUGCUUGCAGAAAGUGCUGGUGGAUUAGAUACUUUGGGGAUUUGAUGCAUUAUUUCCUUCUCCUUGUGGGAUACUAUAUUAUGAAGGAGGAUUAAGAGCAAUUUGAUUCAGAGGAAUUUUGUUCUACAACCAUGACUGAAGAAAAGAAUCUGGGAGUGUCUCAGAAUGCCUUGUCACCUUCAAGAAGUACUAGCAGCUGUUCUUCUAAACAAGGAAGUCGACAGGACAGCUGGGAAAUCAUAGAAGGACUUCGUGGAGUUAUGAAUUGCACCCAGGAACCCCAGAAGCAGGAAGGCUUCUUGCUGAAAAAAAGGAAAUGGCCUCUGAAAGGUUGGCAUAAGAGAUGGUUCUUUCUGGACAAAGGGAUUUUGAAAUAUGCAAAGAAUCCAGCCGAUAUAGAGAAAGGGAAGUUGCAUGGAUGUAUAGAUGUUGGCCUUUCAGUGAUGUCUGUCAAGAAAUCGACUAAGUGUAUAGAUUUGGAUACUGAAGAACACAUUUAUCAUUUGAAGGCAAAAUCUCAGGAAGUAUUUGAUGAAUGGGUAGCAAAACUGCGUCAUCAUAGAAUGUAUCGUCAAAAUGAAAUUUCCAUGUUUCCAUAUGAUAUCAACAAUCAUUUCUUCUCAGCUUCAACAUCUAUUGCAGAUUCAGUAACAGGUCUUUUGGAAUCAACAGCAAACAAAAAGAGAGGCAGCAUGACACAGCAAAAUUCAGUGCAGGCGGGAAAUCCUAUGUCAUUACCUUGUUUAAAUGAGUCAAGAAUUCCAACUUGUUUGCAGCCAUCUGAAGAUAUGGAAAGAUGUUCAAAAGACCUCUCCCAUUGUCACAACUAUCUCUCGGAGAUGAGCCAGCUUUUGCAAAGCAUGGAAGUUCUCCAUAGGACAUAUUCGGCACCUGCCAUAAAUAUUCAGCAAGGUCUCCUUUUUGAAAGUCCCAAAAAAGAAAAAAGAACACACAGAAGAUGGCGUUCUAGAGCUCUUGGUAAAGAUGCUAAAGGGAUGUUGCAGGUACCAGCUGUUCUUUCUGCUCCACUAAGGCUGCAUGCUUCAAAUCCUAAUUUAUCUACAUUAGAUUAUGGGGAUGAAAAAUUGUAUUCAGAUGGUUCUGAGGUGACAUCAGAAUUUUCUAAAUUGCAAGAGGACUUGUGUCACAUAGCUCACAAAGUGUACUUUACCUUAAAGUCAGCUUUCAGUACGAUUUCAACAGAAAGAGAGAAGCUGAAGCAAAUGUUUGACCAUGAUUCAGCUGCAUCUCCAUCUGCUCAGAUAAUUGGACUGAAGAAUGCCUUAUCAUCUGCCAUAGCACAAAACACAGAUCUUAAAGAACGGUUAUGCAGAAUACAUGCCGAAUCUAUGCUCCUUGAUUCAGCUGCUAAUGCAAAUUCGAGCCCUGAUUUUGUAAAGGAAAGUUCUGAACAUCAAAACAGGAGUCUAGUUCACCAAAUAUCCAACGAAAGCAGACUAUCAAUAACAGAUUCACUCACUGAAUUUUUUGAUGCACAGGAAGUUCUGCUGUCUGCCAGUUCUUCAGAAAACGAGGUGUCUGAUGAUGAUUCAUAUGCCAGUGAUAUAAGUGAUAAUAUUUCCGAAGACAACCUAAGUAAUGACAUAGACAAUGAAAGGCAAACACUUGAUUGUGUCCCAGAUGGUAUUAUGGAAUGCCAUUCAAGGCGGAGGACACGUCUACCAGCCCCGUGCCCCAAUACAAGUAACAUCAGCCUCUGGAACAUUCUACGGAAUAAUAUAGGAAAAGAUCUCUCCAAGGUGUCCAUGCCUGUUGGGCUGAAUGAACCUUUGAACACUUUGCAGAAGCUAUGUGAGGAACUGGAAUAUAGUGAAUUGCUGGAUAAGGCAGCAUUUACACCUAAUUCCUUUGAAAGGAUGGUUUAUGUGGCUGCUUUUGCAGUGUCUGCCUAUGCAUCUAGCUACUACAGAGCUGGAAGCAAGCCAUUCAAUCCUGUGCUUGGAGAAACCUAUGAACGUAUCUGUGAAGAUAAGGGUUUCCAAUUUUUUUCUGAACAGGUCAGUCAUCACCCAGCUAUAUCUGCAUGUCAUGCUGAAUCUGAUAACUUUAUAUUUUGGCAAGAUAUCAGAUGGAAAAAUAAAUUCUGGGGAAAAUCCAUUGAAAUAGUACCAAUUGGCACAACACAUGUAAUUUUGCCAGGGUUUAAGGACCAUUAUGAAUGGAAUAAAGUAACAUCUUGCAUUCAUAAUAUUUUAAAUGGGCAACGAUGGAUAGAACACUAUGGAGAGAUUAUAAUCAAGAAUCUGAAUGAUGAUAGCUGUCACUGCAAACUUACUUUUGUAAAGACUAAAUAUUGGAAUCGCAGUGUUCAUGAUAUUGAAGGCAAUGUUUUGGACAAAAAUGGAAAAGUAGUACACCGGCUUUUUGGAAAAUGGCAUGAAAAUAUUUAUUGCGGAACACCAUCUUCACCAAAUUGCAUUUGGAGAGCAAAUCCAAUGCCUAAAGACUAUGAACAAUGGUAUGGUUUCACACAGUUUGCAUUAGAAUUAAAUGAAUUCGAGCCCAUCAGUAGAUCACUGUUGCCACCUACUGAUACCCGAUUUAGGCCAGAUCAAAGGUUCUUAGAAGAAGGAAAUAUUGAAGGUGCAGAAAUACAAAAACAAAGAAUUGAAGAGCUGCAGAGAGCACGGAGGAAAGUUCUAGAAGAAAGCAAUAUAGAACAUCAUCCUAGAUUUUUCAGGAAAUCUGCAGAUGACUCUUGGGUAAGCAAUGGAACUUACCUGGAACUUAGAAAAAACCCUGGAUUUUCCAUGCUGGAUAAUCCUGUGUUGUGGUGAAAAAGAAUCAAGUGAAGAGGACCUUUAACAAUCCUUUUCUGUUUAUAAGGAAGGAAAUGCUGCAUAUAAUUUUGAUCUUAUAGACUAUUACUUAAGACUUCGGCAUGCAUAUAUACUUCAAUGUAUUUCUCUUCUAUUUCAAAAUUAAUAUAUUUUCAAAUUUACAAAAACUAAUUUUCUUUAUAUAUAAAUCGAUGAUUACUGAAUGUUAUUUUUAAAUGGAGACAAAAGAGAGAUUAACACUAUUUUUCCAAAGGAUGAUGCAAGUAAGAUUUAAUGCCUUAUAUAAAAUUGUGUGACAAAUAUUGAGUCAGCAGCAUUUGGCCACACAAAAUACAAGCAAAUAGCUGACAUUGAUCCCUCAGCAGGGCAAUACCAAAGCUGCUGUUUAUUUAUUAUAUCUGUUCUUUUGACUGGACUAUUUUUCAACAGAUUCAGUACCUUUAUAUUGUAUCUAAUGAAAAAAAAUAUUCCAAGAAAUAAUCUAAGUGGUAGUAGUAUUGGUAAUUCUACUGCCUUAUAAAACAGAUUAAAAACUUUGGGAAGUUCUCUUAUGACUUGGUGAAAUAAACUGAAAACUGUUGAAGAAUUGAAGAGUUUAGUAGAACAGAAGAGAUUCCAAGAAAAUUGUGUACCAAAGGAUGUAUAUGGAUAAUGCUGUAUAGGAAGCUGCUGCAACUCCUUUGAAAGAGAUACUUUAAAAAGCAUACAAAGCACUUCUUUAGAGUAAUCAUGAUUUUUUCUUCUUCUCGGCUUCUGUGCCUGGGAAGUUGCUUCAAGCUGCCUUCAUAUGUGCAUAGACGCACAGACAUUUUACUUCAUAUGGAUACAGCCAUAUAAGUCUGGAAAAAAGCAUGGCUGCUUGAGUGAUUCAGUACUUUCUACACACACACACACACACACACACACACACACCUACCUGAAACAAAGUCUUAAAACUCUACAAAUAUAGAAAAAUACCUCCUCCGUUCAAUCCUAUUCCUUGAUGGUCUCAUUAUGUUACUAGGCAGACUCCUGUGACUUCCCAGAAGCUCAGGAGAUGAAAUAUAUAACCCUGAUCUUUCAAAGGUUCCUCUUAUCUAAUCUAGAACAUGGGUAAAUUUGACCAAAUGAAAUAAUCUGAGCUAAGUACUGACAGAACUUUUUAGUUUCACUCUGUAGACUUUCCACUUUAAAAAGUAAUUAAAACAAUAUAAAAAUCCUUCAUUUUAACAAUUUGCAAAGUAAUUGUGUUAAAAGACAAAUGUUUUUCUAAUACAAUAUUUUGGUAUUUUCUACCUCUUCUAAACAGUUUGUUUAAUAUCUUUUUUUUUUUAAGAUGACCAUCUGCCUUAGAUAAACAUUUGAAAAUAUAUGACCUUGCUUUAAAUCUAGAAUUGGGUGAUUAUUUGUCUUGUAGUAAAUGGUUACAUGUUUUCCAGUAUUUUGGUUUAUAUUGUAAUAUGUUCAUUAGCAGACUUGGCCAGCAUCAGAAAUAAACAAAAACAGCAUUUUGGAAUAAAAUUCACAACCUUUUGUUUAUUAAAUUAAUUUUAUUUUAGUAUCAUGCAUGAUAUUCUAAAAAAUACUGUCUGGACCCUGACUUUUUGUGUAAGCUUCAACAUUUUGCAUCCUGCAAACCAAGGAAUGAUGUUGGCAUAUAGCGUUGAAUACUUUUAUUACAAAAUAUUUGUUACAAUUUAUAAAUAUGGAUGAUAAAUCCAUUGAUUUCAAACAAUACACAAAAAUACUGCAUUACCCCAAACAAUUUCUAUGGAACACAGCUCAGGUCAAUUGUCUCAGCCUUAAUAUUUGGAGAAAGCAAAUAGAUUACUUAGUUUGAAUCAGGACAUUAAGAGAGUGUCGUGCAUUAGU